CUGCUGAGGUUAUACCAUGAUGCAUACGGCUUCUCUCGAGGACCGGCAUAAGUGUGAUUUCUUUUAUGAAGACAAUUUAUUUCCAGUGAUGGUUUUGUACUUUAUCCUAAAUGCGCUAUCCCGUGCCAACCAUUGAAAUAAUGGGAGCUCAAGUUCACGUCAUGCUGUUGAUUGGCCUGUCCUUGGCCUUCACCGCGUCUGGCACGGAUUCUGCCGCCGACGACACGUGCGUUUCUCCGGGGGUGAACACCACCCAGCCCCGCUCCGGUACCACACGUGACGAUACCGUGCCCCGUCGGACUCCCAUCUAUGUCGGGGGAAUGUUUCCCGUGGAGAAUAACCAACUCUUCGGCUUGGUGGACGACUCAGUGCUGACUGCAGUCAGACACAUCAAUGACCUGGAUGGUAUUCUGGAUGGAUAUGAGCUCCGGAUGAGGUGGGAUUGGACUGAGGGCAGCGCGCACAGGGCCCUGCGGCUGUUGUAUGACUUCGUCUACGUCGGCCCUCCAAUCCUGAUGGCCUGGGGACCAAUGUUCUCCAGUGUAGCUGUCAUCAUCAAUGAGGUUGCCGCCGAGUACAACAUCAUACAGGUAACCCUUGCCAACUCGCCAACUUUACCGAACAAGACCCGGUUCCCUUUGACCGUACGGUGUGGCUUGCAGGAGGACGAGCUGAACCAGCCCCGCCUGGCCCUCAUGAAGGAGAUGGGCUGGACCCGGGCUGCUAUCGUCUUCGAAGACAUUGAGUACUUCCGAUCGAACUCUCAAGACUUGGCAGAGACGCUGGCCGACGGAGGUGUAACCGUACUAACGAUAGAAGCUAUAAAUGACAAAGACCAGCACCGCUCGCAAAUCAACAAUCUGGUGAAUCACGAUGCCAGAAUUAUUUUUGCCAGCUUCUACGAGAUUCCAGCAUCCAAGUUCUUCUGUGAGGUAUAUCGGCUCAAGGCUUACGGUCCACACGUGAUCUGGAUCAUGAAUGGAUGGAUCAACGACGGCUGGUGGCGCUAUAACUCCACCAACAAUUCGACCUGCACCUCAGAGGAACUGGAAGAGGUUCUUCGAUACCACCUUGCCUUCCAUGGGUUCUACGAAGGGGCCGAUGUCGACUUGGUCAAUUUUGGUGGAAUUGAACCGACAGAAGAGCAGAAAGCCUACCUGGAGAAGUUAGUCACCUCAGACUUGAGCGUACGAGACGUCUUGUCCCAGUCUUACGACGGUAUGAUCGUGAUCGCCUUGGCACUGAACGCAUCGAUUUCCGGGCUGGCCAAGCUGGACCCGCCUCGACGCCUGGAAGAGUUUCACUACGCCGAUAGCGAGAUGAGGGCAGUUUUCAUGGGGGCAGUUGAACGAGUGGAAUUCUACGGGGCCACGAGUCAAUUUUCACUGGACGAAAACGCUGCGAGGACUGGGGAGUCUCUACGUGUUGUCGUCAAACAGUUUCAGAGCACGAAAGACGACCCAAUGAAGCGUGUUUUACUGCUGGAAAACCCGGGGCAGGAGACGCGCUUCACCCGUAUCGCCAACAACACGUUCGUGUGGCCAGGAGAAGGCCCUCCCGUUGACGGUAAAACGUUCCAGGAGCAAGUCAUCGUGACGUCACUGAGUCUGCGCAUUGCGGUGGCCGUGGUCGGUACAGUGGGCGUGGCCAUCGCUGUCUGCUUCGUCUAUAUCAACGUGCGCUACCGGAAUAGGAGGGCGAUAAAGAUAUCCAGUCCCAAGAUCAACAAUUUAACAGCGGCGGGAGGACUGCUCCUCUACGGUUUCGUCUUCGUCUAUAGUAUCGAUUCCCCGGAUUUUUCGGAUGCCACGAUUAUCGUUCUUUGUCACGUUUCCACCUUUCUCCUCUGUGUGGGCUUCUCACUGGCCUUCGGAGCUCUCUUCAUGAAGACAUUUCGUAUCCAUCGCAUCUUCACUAAGGCCGUCACGCAGCUGAAGAAAGUUGAGCUUCCAGACAGACGACUGAUCAUGGGGACGUGCAUUCCUGUGGCAGUAGACAUCGCCAUCAUAGUCCUUCGACUCGCUGUCGAUGACGUCACAGUCCAAACGAUGUCUAAAGACGCAGAGGAAGAUACCAACCAGCCGGGGAAAGAAAUCUUUUUCGUUCCCGUUCGGAAAUUUUGCUGGUCCGAGAAUCAGUUGUACUUCAUGGGAGCCUUGUACGUGGCCAAGGGAGUCCUGCUCGCCUUUGGGAUCUUCCUAGCCUGGGAGACUCGACCAAUCACCGUCGCCGAACUAAAUGACAGUAAAUAUCUUGCGAUGUCAGUUUACAUCGUGGCACUAACGGUCGCCAUUACCGUCCCCGUGGUAUCCUUAAAAAACGAUGACGUCAACUUCAAUUACGUCAUUGUGAGCGGCGCUGUCAUCGUUGCCACUACGGCUGUUUUGUGUCUGGUGUUUUUACCGAAGGUGAUUCUGUUUGUGCGCACCAAGGACAGGGACUUGUCAAUCACCAUGAUGAAAGCAAACAAAUUCUCGGGAAGCACCGUCCGAUCGUUCCGGCAGGCCGAUUCGCGAACGGACAGGCUGGCUACCUUAUUACAGAAUAAACUGCAGCAACUGGAGCUGAUGAAGCAAGACUUACACUCCAUGGUGACGCAGGAGGAGUCCAGGACGAUAAACACGGACGAAACAACGGGAUAAGAGAUACACCUCGAAAGAAAGAGCAAAGGCAACAACAACUUGAACAAUCAAUCACGGUCGUGUCUUGUUGAACACCCAAAACACGUUUGGUAGACGUUACAAUGAAAGAUUUUGACUGUUUGGAUUGUUGGUGACGCCAGGAUUUCAGGUUUCACGGACAGGUUUCCUUCGUACAGGUUACUUCAUCAGAUUUGUCUUCGUCGUCGGGUCCGCCUCCACUUCCGUGGCCUUUCUUUGUAUCAUCUGAAAGAGAAACAUUUUCGAGUUGGAUUAAGAACUUGAGUUAUUGUACAGCACCCUCACGCGACUGUAGAAGUCAGAUUGCACCGGGCUGGAUAAUAUCAAAUCGAUGCAUGUGGUUAACAUACAGCCAGACGUUGAAAUGGCGAGUUCGGUAGUUAUAGCUCAAAUACUCAAACAAUAAAA